UAAAAUUGUACCCCUCUUUGUACGUUAGUUAGCAACUAUAGUGACAGAGUUCAUUCAGAAUUUGGAUAAAUUUCAAUUGAAAUCGCGAACUGUAAACGCACAGAACCUUAACGUGUGGAAGAUGGAUACAUUGCCGACGACGUCGACGGCGAAGAGAGGAGGAAGAUCGAAGGUCCCUCAGACAUCAAAGCCUUCUCUCCUCUUAGCCUUCUGCUCUUGUGUUGCCUGGCUUUACGUCGCCGGCAGGUUAUGGCAAGAUGCAGAGAACCGAAAUUUACUUGCUAGUCUUCUUAAGAAGAACUCAGCUCAGAGACCUAAGGUUCUUACUGUGGAAGAUAAGUUAGUGGUACUAGGGUGCAGGGAUCUGGAAAAGAGGAUUGUUGAAACUGAGAUGGAAUUGACAUUGGCCAAGAGCCAAGGGUACCUCAAAGGGCAAAGGCAGCAAACUGCCUCUUCUGACCGUAGGCUUCUUGCUGUUAUUGGAGUGUAUACUGGAUUUGGAAGCCAUUUGAAAAGAAAUGUAUUCAGAGGGUCUUGGAUGCCUAGAGGUGAUGCCUUGAAAAAACUUGAAGAAAGAGGAGUGGUGAUACGUUUUGUACUUGGUCGGAGUCCUAACCGAGGUGAUAGCUUGGAUCGCAAUAUUGAUAAUGAAAACCGCUCAACAAAGGAUUUCUUGAUUCUUGAAAAUCACGAGGAAGCUCAAGAAGAGUUGCCUAAAAAAGCAAAAAUAUUCUUUAGUACUGCAGUUAAGAACUGGGAUGCUGAUUUUUAUGUGAAAGUCGAUGACAGUAUUGACAUUGAUCUGGAGGGUUUAAUUAAACUUCUUGAACAUCGCCGUGGCCAGGAUGGCGCAUAUAUUGGAUGCAUGAAGUCAGGAGACGUGAUAUCAGAAGAGGGAAAGCCUUGGUAUGAACCUGAUUGGUGGAAAUUUGGGGAUGAAAAAUCGUAUUUCCGACAUGCAUCUGGUUCACUUGUUAUACUUUCAAAGAAUUUGGCACAGUACAUUAACAUAAACAGUGUAUCUUUGAAGACCUAUGCCUAUGAUGACACAUCAAUAGGUUCAUGGAUGAUGGGCAUCCAAUCAACAUAUAUAGACGACAGUCGCCUUUGCUGCGGUAGUACCACACAAGAUAUGCUAUGCUCUUUGGCUUGAUUGGCUUGUCGUGAUCACAUCCUUCACUAUACAAUGCAUCACUCAGAGGUUUUCAGUCGACCAAUAUAAAUCCUUUUCUGCAUUGAUCUGUUCAUUCUUUUAUAUGUGAAAAUAGUUAAACCGAAAUGAUAACUAACGGAUUCAUGGACUUCGGCCAUUGGAUAGCUCACCUGAUAUUUUGGAAGUGCUAUGAUCAUAGUCCUCUGAUGUUAUUGUCUAUGAAAAAACUUCUGUUGAUGAUUAAAUAUUGAAGAGGAAAAAGUUCAAAGAAAGCAUAAACGUUUUACUA